UAAAGGCUUUUACUCUGAAGGCACAGCUGCUUCGUGUAAAUGCUGGUAUUGUUAAGACGAUGAUGCUUCCUGUAAAGGCUUUUUUUUGUGAAGGGGCUGCAGCUUCCUGCGGAAUGAAAAGUUUGUUUCAGCAGCAGUGAGAAGAGUUAACAGCUCCUUUAUUCAGGAGGAAGUGACAGAGGUUUUACUCCAACAUGCUCCUGCUGUUUGUCAUCUUGCUGCACGUUACCCAGCAUGCCUUGGGAGUGGAGGUGAUUGAGGGGGCGGAGUCUGUGGUGCUGCCCUGUGGGGCCCCUCCUGGAUCUGCUUCCUCAGUGACAUGGAGCCGCUAUGAUCUGAUUCCCUCCAUCAUUCAUGUGCAUAAGAGGACAAGUCAGGCUGAAGAAGAUGAUCUUACAAACCAAAACCAGCUGUUCACAAACCGUACAGAGAUGCAGCCUGACGCUCUGAGGACUGGACACGUCAGCCUCACUCUGAAACACAUUCAGCUGUAUGAUGGAGGCACCUACAGCUGUGGCGCCCGUGGGGGGGGGAGGCUGAACCAGACACAUGUACAGCUGAAGGUCAUCAGCAAGGAAGAAGCGGAACUCAGAGAACAAGUUACCCAGCAUGCCUUGGGAGUGGAGGUGAUUGAGGGGGCGGAGUCUGUGGUGCUGCCCUGUGGGGCCCCUCCUGGAUCUGCUUCCUCAGUGACAUGGAGCCGCUAUGAUCUGAUUCCCUCCAACGUUCAUGUGCAUAAGAAGACAAGUCAGCUUGUUGAAAAAGAUGAUCUUGUAAACCAAAACCAGCUGUUUACAAACCGUACAGAGAUGCAGCCUGACGCUCUGAGGACUGGACACGUCAGCCUCACUCUGAAACACAUUCAGCUGUACGAUGGAGGCACCUACAUCUGCACCGCCCGUGGGGGGGGGAGGCUGAACCAGACACAUGUACAGCUGAAGGUCAUCAGCAAGAAAGAAGCAGAACUCAGAGAACAAGCCAUUCAGCACCGAAACAUGUUAACCGGUGCGUUGAUCUUUAACUUCCUUUUGGUGGCGGUCCUCCUGGGACUUGGAGUUUACAGAAAAGGUCUGUCUGUGCUGACUGCUGCAGGUGUGCUGACUGCUGCAGGUGCAGCUGUGUUGCUGUGUGGACUGAUGGUUUCUGCAGGUGAGCUGAUGGAAGCCUCCUCUCUGUCUGUGCUCAGACUCUGCUGCCAUCUAGUGGUCUUCUGUCCGUACUGCGUCUCUACUGGUCUGAUGCUGUCCAUCUGCUGCGGCAGGAAGACGGGAAACCGAGCGGCCGUCUCCACGGAGAUGACCCGGCGGGUCGGAGGAAGCGAUGACAUCGCUGCUGAUGUCACCGCUGAGCACGCCUUCUGAGCUGUGAACACAGUGACAGCAGCUGUCUUUAACGUGGACAUGAGAGUUUCUACCAUCUGCUCUUAUGGAGACGCUGCUGGAGAGCUUUGUCUGACACGUUGCUCCAGAAGUUUGCUUUCUUUACUCUUUUUAUUCUCUUCUAUCUCAAAGUGUUUCUGGCUUUGUAGGUUUUUAAGCUUUGGCAAAUAAAAACAAAGUAUCCCAAAGGUCUCGAACCAAUCAGCUGCCUUUAUGGCCUGAAACAGAGCCCCAACCUGAGCAUCUGAAGGGGAGGACCUUGAGAUACUUGUUCAGUUUCUCCAACUCCAUCCAGUGUUGUGUCCCUGAGCAAGACACUUAACCCCUCGUUGCUCCAGAGGCGUGCGACCUCUGACAUGUAGAGCAAUUGUAAGUCGCUUUGGAUAAAAGCGUCGGCUAAAUGAAUAAAUGUAAAUAAGUGGGAUGAAUUUGGUUUCCGAGCAAAGGGGAGCUUGAGACUAAGGGGGCUUUCACACCUACCUCGUUUGGUCUGGACUUUCGGACUUUUCAGUUUGGUCCGAACCAAAUUUGUAGGUGUGAAACUUCCUCCGACCACAGACGUAAUUUCUCUGUUAUAUUCUUGUGUUUUAGUAACGGCUCGUUUGUGUUUCUAUUCUACUGAACAAAUGUGUGAAGGGGUGAAGCGCCCUGCCAGGAAACUCUGUAUACAUCUAAAUAUAAUUUACUCAGUUCCUUAUUGUUA